UCGUCGUCUUCAACGUCCAGCAGUGCAGGUCGAAGCCCUUUUCCAAAAUCAGACUUUGUUGUUGUGUUCUUCAGGAUUUUGAUCCCCCCCCCGACCCCCAACGCACUUCGUCCAUUUCCAUUGGCUGCGACUUGAACGUCAGCAAACGAGGCAAUCUUCGCAUUCUUUUUUGUCGUCACGCGCUAAACAUUACGUGUCGAAAGGUAAGCCGAGCUGCGCUGUCAGCGCGCCGUCGCGUGACUGCCGUCGAAUAAGUGGCACCUUUGUGCUCUGAGGAUCUUACCCCCGCCGCCGCCACAUUCCGUCAUUAUGUGUACAAUCCGGCGCAGGAGUACGUAGCAUCUCGGAUAAAUGCCGCACGCAACUUACUGCUUCCACGACCGUCCAGCCCGACCGCGACGACUUCCACGGAUCGUGACUGUUCCAGUUACAACAGCUGCAGUAUCGACUGUUUGUGAAUGCAGAUGGCGUCGGUGAGCCGGCACCUGCUGAUGGCGCUGUUGAUCGUCAUGGCGACGGCGGGGGCCGCCACAAUCGAUCAGAACAGUUUGGCCACGCUGGUCGACAACAUUCUCCGCAAGUUCCAAGUGGAAAGCAAGAUGCCCAUGUUCAGUCUGGCGGUGAGCGUCCCGCCCGGCCCCAGCGCCGGCUCCUACGACCUCAAUCGAGUGCAGGACGAGCACGUGAGGAAGACCAUCCUGGGGUGCGAGGUCUACGCGGGCCACAACGUGGUGGCCGCCAUCCGCCUGCGCUGGCCCGACGUGACCUGGGAUUGCCCUGGGGCGCAGGUGCCGUGGGAGGACGUUCUCAAAGUGUGCAGGCGCCAGGCCAUGACCUGGCGCGAAGUGGCCACCUUCUGCCGCAGCACCAUGCAAGACGGCCGGACGGACCACGCCGAAUACCGGGUCCUCCUGAAGUUCGCCGACUGGGCUGCACAUAAGGACAAGUCGGGUCUCCUGGUGCUGUACGUCUACGCGGCGCCCUGCGAGGCGCGCUGCGCCAGCCAAAACAACGCGGCCAGUAUCCUCAAGCUGCUGGAGGCCAUCCGGGGCUGGAAGGACUACGUGGUGGUCUUCUCCAAGCUGCUGACUCCCAAAACAUCGAGGGAGGGCACCUCCAUACCCGUUAAAAGGCUGAUCAAAGCCCUGCGCAACCUGGGCAGACAUUUGGGCCCAGACGGCCUGGCAAAGAUCUUUCGCUGCGACCGGCCGGACAACGCCGACAACGGCGCCAUGACCUGCACCAGCUGCUCCACCGGGGGCCAAGUCACCCCUCACUGCUACCAGAAGGCGACUCCGAGGAAGGGAACCAGCUGGGUGGGGCGCCGGCAGUGAGUGGGGCACCCGGGUCCGCCGGGGCGGGACCAGGCGGGCCACAAGGAGCGAGUGGGGCGCUAAGACAGGGUCAAGGGG